GGACUGUGUUUGGUUUCUAAAUUGGAAGUCGAGCGAACUUCAGUUCAUGAACCAUGGGGCUGGCGAUGCAGCCUUGUGUGCUACCAUCAACGGAACUCGCAUGUGGGCACCCCAUCGGAGGUCGCCAUGCCCGGGAUCCGAGCAGAUGUGUGCGUAAAAGGCGCUGCAGGCACAGAGGGCUGAGAGUGAGCGCAAGUGCAUCAAAUCAGGCAGCAAGGGAGAGGCCAUCAGUCCUGACUUCCCAGGACAACGAGGGGGAGGACUGCAAGGUGUUCGUGUCUCCAGAUGGCUCAGUCCAGGAGGUCAUGUGCUGCGAUUACGGCUUCCGCUCUGGAUUUGGCCGCUUGUACCAAGGCGGCGACGGCGAAAUCCCCAAAAAUUUCUUUGCUCUGGGCGCGGACAACUUCAAGAAGGAGUUCAAGCAGUUGCGUCGGUCAUUCCGGUUCAAUGACUACAAGGAGAUCAGAGAGCAGAAUCCACCCACAAACCCUCUUGCACGAGUGGUUUCAUCGGUGAACAAGCAAGUCGUCCGCGGCUUUGCCAACCUGGACCACAAGCUUGAGGACAUUGGCGUGCUGCCACCAAUAAAGCAAGCGCCGCUGCCAGAGGAAUUAAUGGACGAGGAUGGCAACCUUGCCUCCGACUGCUCCGAUGUGCGCGAGAAGCUGAAGAUGCUGCGGCUGGAAAACGCGCCGGUGUGGGAGCGUGAGAAGCGGCGCGCGGCGGCCCCGGGCCACGCCAAGGCGCCGUUCAUCAUCAACGUGGCUUACACAACGCUGUGCGUGGUGAUGGACGUCCUGUACAACAAGCGGCCCAUCCAGCGUUUCUGGUUUCUGGAGGUCGUCGCGCGCAUGCCCUACUUCUCCUACAUCUCCAUGCUGCACCUGUACGAAAGCCUCGGCUGGUGGCGCGCCGGCGCCGAGCUGCGCAGGAUCCACUUUGCAGAGGAGUGGAACGAGCUGCACCACCUGCAGAUCAUGGAGUCGCUGGGAGGGGACCAGUUCUGGAUUGACAGGUUUGCAGCGCAGCAUGCGGCCGUGUUCUACUACUGGGUCAUUGUUGGCUUCUUUGCCUUCUCGCCGCAGCUAGCCUACGUCUUCUCAGAGCUUGUCGAGGGACAUGCGGUGGACACAUAUGAGGAAUUUGUGGAGGAGAAUGCAGAGCUGCUGAAGACGCUGCCGCCUCCAGUUGUGGCCCUGGAGUACUACAAGAACGGCGACCUGUACCUGUUUGAUGAGCUGCAGACCACUGGCACCGACCCCAAGCGGCGGCCUUCCUGCAACAACCUGUACGAUGUGUUCUGCAACAUUGCUGGCGACGAGAGGGAGCACGUGAAGACGAUGAGGGCGUGCCGCACCUACGAAAUCGUUUCUGACAUUGCGAAUCGCAAGCUGACGAGGACAGAGAAGGCGGAUGCAGUGUCGCCCAUUCCGACGUCCAAUGGCACUGGAGCGGGCAAGGAGAUGCCAAGCGGUGCUGGACAGGUCAAGCAAAUGGACACCAGCCAGCUGAACUAGACAGCAUCACCUUUGUGUCAUCAUGAUCACUGAUCACGGCAGUGCCAUCGUAUGCAUUUGUAAUCUGUAUUUGUUUUUGUUUUUGUCUAUGAAAGAGCCGGUUUGUCGAUGCAGAUCAAGGCUUAUCAUGACCGUGCCAAAUUCUUUAGGUAUCAGAUCGAUUGAAAUUUGACCACCAGUUAUAGCAUGCUCCCCAUGGGCAACAAUUUAAAUUCAGCCCUGCAUUGCUGGAUCAGCGAGUUGAGUUCUGGAUGUGCAUGCAUAAGAUAAGCAAUUGCCUUGUGUGUAUCCUGAGGCGACCACGCGGUUGAACCACCGUGUUGAUUUGCACAGAUGUGCGUGUAAAUUAUGAUAUCAGAUCGGUGCAUGAGCACUUUGCUACACAUCCUGAUCGACUAGUUAGCUACACUGUCCAACUUAGCUUGGAGCCUGGAGUCCUUCUUGGAGCUAUCCCGCAGCAGCACUCAUUCUGGAUUGUCUUGUGAGCCCAACUCACUGUAUCGAAUCUCGUCAAUCAGUCCUGCUGCAUCUCUUAUGUUGUGCCAGGCCUCGCAUGUACCGCAUUGUACAAAUACCAUGCCCCUGUCCCAUGCAAUGGGAUUCACCAUUCUGGUGGUCUUGCCAUCACACUUAUUGCAAGUGAAGGUGACUUGACGAGAUCUCCUGGGCAUGUCCAGUUGCAUGCUUGCCGCAGAGUCCCUUUCUUCCGUGUCAUUGGACUCACUGCUGCCUGAGGUGCUAGGAGCCGAAUCAUCCAAGCUCGACUGUGCUGGAUGUCCACAGGAGAGCAAUAGUUCCCUGUGUGGAUUGCUAGAUGUUCCUUGUGCUGUCCGAGAUCGCAUGAGCUUCUGUGGGUGCCGCAAGAACCGUUGCUGCCUUGCAUAUCCAGUGUAACAUGCUCUGCUUGCUGCUAAUGCAGAAGGUGGAAAAUUUCGGGUUGCUGCUUUCAUACUCUCCAUCGUACACAAGAACGACGCUUCUUAUUUAAUAAAACAGGUUUCGAGUUGUCCAGAUCAACACUAUCUGAAUCUUACCAAAAGUAACCUUCUCGAUGCACAGACUGCUACACAAGAAACACAACAAUUACUUGAAC